AUGGAUCCAUGGAAUGCAGGGGCCGUAGAAGCGGAAUUCCAAGCCAGGCGGAGGUUGUGCAUUGUCCAGGUCCCUUUAGUCCCCAGCUUCGCCAAAACCUCGGGCUUGGCGUGGGCAGGAAGAAAAGAUGUCGUCGCUGCUCCCCCCGACCUUCCCUCCUUCGUCACUAGCCUCGCAUCGCCAACCUUGCCGGCGCCCUCACCACCAUCACCAUCCGGGCACCACUACUGGCACACCGCUCGAUCCGUUCCCCUCUGGCCUGGCCCCAAGAAUCAUUUGCCGUCUCCUGGCUUCCUUCGGACAGGCGGCGUCUCCCACCACCCGCCGGUCGCCGGUCGCCGGUCGCAACUCGCAAUUCCCCCAGUGCCCACGGCUCCCGCUGCUAGCACACGUCGCGCCCGCGUCCUACACGUGCAACCCGCGCCCACCAGCAGCAACCGUCUGGUAGCAACGCGCCCCGUCAGGAACGCGCCCCCGACGACGGCUCUCUCACCCUUACCAGCUCGAGCCAGGGCCCCAUUCCAGGUUCAAUUCUCUGUUGGCCGCCAGAUCGCCCAUCGCGGCCGCCAGCGCAACCCGCCUCUGCGGUCUCCUCGCAAGCUUGCAACCGCGUGGCCUUGUGCCCUAUCCGACUCUACUCGUCUUCCGGCGUUUCUCUCUGCGCUGCUGCUCCUGCGACUCCCGCCGCUGCGUGAGUGUGCACCUGCUCCUGCAGACAAUCCCAGCGCCCUUGCUGUUAUUCCCAUCGGAAAAGCGGCCGGACGAGAGGCUGAUCGCUCCUGA